AUGGCCCGGGGAGGGGCGCCCCCCGCCUCGUCGCCAGGCCCGGAGCCCCUGCCCCGCCGCGCCUUGCGGAAGCUGCUGCUGCUGCUCGGCUCGCUCGUCAUGUCCCUCUACGCCAGCUACUGCCUGGCCGGGGCGGCGCGCGUCCUCACCCGGGAGCCGGCCCCGAUCCCGGCCGCACAAGGCGAGGAAGCGCCCGGCACGCCCCGGGAUCCCUUACUGCAAGCUCAGCUGGGGAGCGAGGGCACCAAGCGGCUGCCCCAGGCGGUGAUCAUCGGCGUGAAGAAGGGCGGCACCCGGGCGCUGCUCGAGUUUCUGCGCGUGCAUCCGGACGUGCGGGCGGCGGGCGCCGAGCCCCACUUCUUCGAUCGCAACUACGGCAGGGGACUCUCCUGGUACAGAGAAUUGAUGCCAAGAACUCUGGAUGGGCAGAUCACCAUGGAGAAGACUCCCAGCUACUUUGUCACCAAGGAAGCCCCGGCUCGGAUCUCUGCCAUGUCGAAGGGCACCAAGCUCAUUGUGGUGGUGAGGGACCCGGUCACCAGAGCCAUCUCGGACUACACGCAGACGCUGUCCAAGAAGCCGGACAUCCCCACCUUCGAGAGCCUGACCUUCAAAAACAGGACUACAGGCCUGAUUGACACCUCCUGGAGCGCCAUCCAGAUCGGCAUUUACGCCAAGCACCUGGAGAACUGGCUCCUGUACUUCCCCAUCGGGCAGAUCCUGUUCGUCAGCGGCGAGAGGCUCAUCAGCGACCCCGCCGGGGAGCUGGGCCGCGUGCAGGACUUCCUGGGCCUCAAGCGGAUCAUCACGGACAAGCACUUCUACUUCAACAAGACCAAGGGCUUCCCCUGCCUGAAGAAGGCCGAGGGCAGCAGCAAGCCCCACUGCCUGGGCAAAACGAAGGGGCGGACCCAUCCCAACAUCGACCAGAGGGUGGUGCAGCGGCUGCGCGAGUUCUACCGGCCCUUCAACAUGAAGUUCUACCAGAUGACUGGGCACGACUUCGGCUGGGAUUGA